AGCCAUUUAGUGUGACGGUUAUGUCGGGCGUGACAAAAGUCACAUGCUAGAAAUCCGCAGAAAUAUCUUCCGGUUUCACAAGCAUGAACAUGAAACCGAGGAAAAAACAAGAUUACUUGCUCAAAGUCCUCCUCAUUGGCGACUCAAAUGUAGGAAAAACUAAACUACUCCUGACAUUUCUUGGUCAAGAGAGCAUUGUACAGCAAAUGCCGACUGCCGCGAAUGACUUCUUGUCCAAGACGAUAAAGAUAAACAACAGGAAAAUAACAUUGCAAAUAUGGAAUACCGCGGGUCUAGAAAGGUUUCGCAGCGUGACGACCACAUACUAUCGUGGUUCCAUGGGGGUAAUUCUUGUCUAUGACGUCACGAAUGCCAAGACGUUUGACAGCGUCCAGAUGUGGAUAAAAAACAUAAACGAGAACUCAGACGAUGACGUCGUGGUUGUACUUGUUGGUAACGAGUGUCAUAAACAGAACAAGCGGGAAGUCACAACAGAACAGGGCGAAGAGUUCGCAGCAGAGCACAACUUGCGCUUCAAAGAAGUGAGUUGCAAGAAAAAUAUAAACGUCAAGGAAGUGUUCCACGAAAUGGCAGAGGAAAUAAUCCUCAAACUUGAUAGCACAACAGAAAACACAAGUGGACCGACAAUAAGACCUGGCCAAGAGAAUCAAGAAGGCAGUAGUUGUUGCUGAUAGUGGCUAUCAUAUAAUCAUCAUCUUUUUAACAUUAUCAUCGUCAUCAACAUCACCAUUUUCAACACCACGGCCAUCACGAUCAUCUUUAUUAUCGCCAUCAUCAUAGCCAUCAUUAUCAGUAUUGCCAUCACCAACAUCUCACUAUAGAUGCCACAACAAGAUUGGAGGUGGGGAUAUUUCUAUAUAAAGAUGGUAGAAAAGGGAAUAUUGGAAUAUUUGUACCAAAAUGAGUCUAUUUAUUAAGAAUUGAAGCUGAUCAUGUGCAAUAAAUGAAUAAUAUAUUA